AUGACUACGAAAGCCUUUGUACUGAAACCACAGCUAGUUUGCAAUGGACGAUCAUUCUCUAUUACAGCCCUCGGAGAUACUGGAGCACAAGGAUUCGUGUACAUCAACACCCCGUUGGUGGUACAGUUACAUCGAAAUUCCGGCGUGUAUGUUGAAAAGCUCGAUAAACCUAUCCCAGUGAAGGGCUACGACGGCCACCCUGGUACCCCGAUCACUCAUUUUGUCCGUUUCACGCUAUACCUAGACGGACGCCGACAGUUACAAAUACCUAUGAUGAUUACCGACCUCGGCCAAUACGACCUUAUCCUAGGUCGGGAUUGGUUUGACCAUUUCCAGGUCCUCGCUGACUGUCACAAGAAUCGGUUGAUAUGGCCUGAUGAAGUAUCCUUGAUCGACGAGUCGUUGCAACGCGUGAGCCAUGCGAAGAUCUUUACUAAGCUCGAUAUUCGUCAAGGCUUUCACCGGAUCCGACUACAUCCUGAUGCAGAAGAUCUUUCGACCUUCCGUACACGAUAUGGAUCAUUCAAGUACAAAGUGAUGCCAUUCGGAAUGACAAACGCCCCUGCUACCUUCCAGCGAUUUAUCAACACGACACUAGCCGAAUACCUUGACGAUUUCGCGACUGCAUAUGUUGAUGAUAUCUUGAUCUUCUCCGAGACGAUCGAGGAGCAUGUGGAACACGUGAGGAAGGUCCUUCAACGCCUUCGAGAAGCAGGAUUGCAAGCUUCAAUCAACAAAUGCGAAUUUCACGUUCAAAAUACAAAAUUUCUAGGAUUUAUUGUCAGCACAGACGGUAUUGCUGUCGAUCCUGCAAAGGUCGCAGUCAUCAAGAACUGGGAAGCACCGACAACAGUCCGCGGUGUACAGUCCUUCCUAGGGUUCUGCAACUUCUAUCGCAGAUUUAUCGAACGUUACAGUCAUAUCUGUCGACCGUUGCAUCAACUGACACGCAAGGAGGUGCUGUUUAAGUGGUCUCCAGAAUGUCAGGCUGCAUUUGACACCCUAAAGAUAAAUCUUGCAUCCGCUCCGAUCCUUCGACAUUACGACCCAGAGGCAGAGACAAAAGUCGAAACUGACGCCUCUGAGGGCUGCACAGGCGCAGUAUUACAUCAAAGAUCAAGCCCUACGUUGCCCUGGCACCCAGUAGCCUUCCUCUCAAAGUCUAUGGAUCCAGCCGAACGAAAUUAUGAUACGGGUGAUCAAGAGAUGCUGGCUAUUGUUCGCGCGCUGACGGAGUGGCGCCCAGAGCUCGAAGGCCUACAGCGGAUGGAACGAUUCGUGAUCUAUUCAGAUCAUGGCCCGCUGCAGGCAUUCAUGACAACGAAGAAAUUAAACGGUCGCCAAUCCCGCUGGCAGGAGUUCCUAUCACGCUUCUAUUUUGUGAUACAUCAUAAACCUGGAAAACACAAUAUCAUCGCAGAUAUCCUCUCCCAAAAGGAGCUAUCCCCUGCUCGCAUCGAACAGCCCUCAUUGUUGAAACCUGAGAUGCUGGGACCCUCCCCGUUCACGGUUGCACUGAUAACAAUGGCCCCUCUGACUAUUCAGCCUAUUACCGACCCUGGAAAUACAGAUAAUCUGACAGAUAAUGUUGUUGAGCGUGUUCUAUCGGCUAACAAGACCCACCCCUCCCUUGAUAAGUAUCGGAUACAGGCAGCAGAUGAGGAUGAAACGCAGUGGACUGUUGAAAAUGAGCAACUGCUCUUUGAAGGCCGUCUUGUCGUGCCUGAUGAGGGCGACCUCCGCGCACGUCUGCUUGACGAAAUCCAUCGUCAACCUAUGACAGCACACCCUGGGAGCGGAAAGAUGUUGAAGCUGGUCGGCUCCCGAUACUACUGGGUAGGAUGGUCUGCUGAUGUUAAACGGUACAUCGAUAACUGCUUGACCUGCAAGCGGACAAAGGUGUGGCAUGACAAACCCCCUGGACUGCUACAACCUCUCCCGAUACCUGAUCGACCUGGGCAACACCAUUCGAUGGACUUCCGAUCAUUCGAAAAGGACCGUCACGGAUAUGACGCUGUUCUUGUCUUCGUUGAUCGUCUUACGAAACGACCUAUCUCAAUACCUUGUCAUAAAACAACUACCGCUGAACAGACUGCACAAUUUUUUAUUCGAUUCGUAAUGCCAUGGUUGGGUAUCCCAGACACAAUCGUUUCCGACCGCGGGCCUCAGUUUAUGGCCGUCUUUUGGCAAGAGUUUAGCCGCAUUCUCGGUAUCAAGCAUAAACCAUCUACAGCAUACCAUCCACAGACAGACGGGCAGACAGAGAACGCGAAUAAACAACAGGCACAACGCUUACGUGUGCUAGUAAACUAUCAGCAGGAUAACUGGUCCGAAUAUCUCCCGAUCGUCGACUACGCUGCCGCUACUCUCCCACAAGACAGCACAGGCCAAUCCCCGUUCUUUACCGAGAAAGGAUUUGAUGCGAAGAUGUCUUUUGACUGGAUCACCGAUGUCCCAGAAGUGAUUACAGACGAAGCGCAGAGGGCCCGGGAUAUGAUGAGUCAGAUACAACAGGUCUGGAAGACUGCUCGCGAGUCAAUUGAGGAGGCUCAAAAAGAUCAGAAACGCUACGCCGACACCAGACGCCGCAAAGAUGAUUUUAAAGUUCACGAUCUUGUCUUUGUUACCGCAAAACUUUGGAAGACUGACCGACCUAAUCGGAAGCUAUCCCAUCAAGCAUAUGGCCCGUUCGAGAUCAUUGAAAAGAUUGGCAAUGCAUGGAAGCUGCAACUUCCAGAUAGCAUGAAAGUGCACCCGGUAUUCGCACCCGAAAAGCUACGCCACGCAGCACACUCGAAGCCGUUGACGGGACAGAUCCCUGACGCUGAACCUCCGGUCGUGGUCAACGAUCAGGAGGAAUUCGAAGUCGAUGAAAUAGAGGACAGCCGCCUAUAUUAUCGCCGCCUACAAUAUCGAGCAUCAUGGAUCGGAAAUGAAGAUACUAAUUGGUAUCCUGCGGGAGACUUCAAGAACGCGCCGGAGAAACUGGCGGCAUUUCAUCUACGAUACCCUGCGAAACCAGGACCCUCGAUGAGGCUGCCAAUAUGGCUGGACGCGGCUAAGAACGAUGAAUUCGUUGACGAUCAUGAAGAUGACAAUAAACCAAUGACGAAAUGA